ACAGGGUUUGUUGUGUCAUGUACCCCAGUUAACAUUGUGUAGACAUUGCAGACAUUGCUCUGGCCAGGCAAAAGUUGUGAGCUGCUGCUGCUCAACACUGCUGCUGAAGACAAUGCGUGUUGUGUAGGGGAAGACUGCUGUGUGUGAUCCAGCGGGUGUUGGUGUGGGCUUUUUUCUUAGGAUUCAAUACUUCGUGGAGGUUGUGUUGUUCCAACUGGUUUAGGGCUGGGUUGUCAACUUGACGUCUUAUCAACAUGGCUCGAAAUGAAGAGAAAGCGCAGUCUAUGUUGAGUAGGUUCUUGGCGGCGAAGAGUGAUGAGAAGAAGAAGCCGAAGGAGAAGCGCCCUUUUCUUGCGUCGGAGUGCCGUGAUCUCGCAGACGCCGAUAAAUGGAGGCAACAGAUUAUUCGUGAAAUCGGUCGCAAGGUUAUGGAUAUUCAAAAUCCGGGGCUUGGAGAGCACCGUAUUAGAGACUUAAAUGACGAAAUCAAUAAACUGAUUCGCGAGAAAGGGCACUGGGAGGCGAGGAUAUUGGAGCUUGGAGGACCUAAUUAUGCUAAAACUGCACCGAAAAUCACUGACGAGAGCGGCAAAGAGGUGGAUGCAGCUAGUGGAAAAGGCAUGGGCUACAAGUAUUUCGGGGCAGCCAAACAGUUGCCAGGAGUGAAGGAGCUUUUUGAAUUACCAACAGAAAUCAAGAAGAAACGAAAUCGGUAUGAAAUGUAUAAACGUAUUGACAUGGACUAUUAUGGAUUUCGUGACGACGAGGACGGAGUUCUCGAGAAGCUAGAGCGAGAUGCAGAGAAGGAAAUGCGGGCCAAGGCUAUUGAGGAAUGGGAAAGAAUAGAAGCCGUAAAAGCUGAAGCCCGCAAGGGUGUCAAGGAGGUCGUUGUCAUGAGACCUGAGACAAAUGGCAGAGCGGACAGCGAUUUGGAAGAUGAUGUUGACGAAGAUGAGCAAGAGAGACGUCCCAAGCGGUUUGAGUUUGUUGCCCAUGUGCCCCUUCCAGAUGAGAAAGAAAUUGAGCGCAUGGUUGUAGAAAAGAAGAAGCUGGAGCUGUUGAGCAAAUACGCAAGUGAUGACCUUGUAAAAGAAGAAUUAGAAGCGAAGGAGAUGUUAAACAUACGCAGAUGAAAGCUUUGUCUUCUUAGUCGGAUAACCUGCUCGGGAAAUUGACCCUCUGGCAAAUCUACGAACAGCUUCUUCAUGGGUCGGGCAUCGAUUCCAAGAUGGUUCUACCCAGACACUAGGAGCUGCUUAUAAACCUGCAUUCCAAACUAGAGUUUUACGGCAGUCAUUUUAAUCGGUCCAGGAUCAGAUACUGCUAGUGCCUCUUUGCUUUAUCAGAAACUGUCAGUGCAUAUCAGCGUCACAUUGAGUAGCAGUGAACCACUUUUUGUUUGGUUCGGCCGCUCUUAAUGCUAAUUGCUAAUCGACAGUGUUCUUGAUGUGAAAAGGCUGAAUUCUCUGUUAUUUUGAAGCGAACAUGCUCUCCCAGGAGUGCAUGUAUGCACCUGUUAUGAAAUUAACUCUUGCAAAACCAA